AUGAAUUUAGAUCAACCAUUAAUUCCUAUGAGUACUGUACCACGUCAAUUACGUCAAUGCUAUUCGUGUACAGCUCGUUCAACUGGUUGUGGUGAAUAUCUGGAUCCACAUUAUGUAUCAAAAUAUAUUCGUCCAUGUCCAUCAAGUUGUGUGGUCUUUCGAAAUCCAUAUGAUCAUAAUUUAAUUACACGAGAUUGUUCAACAACAUGGCCACAAAUUCAUGCUAAAAGUGGUCUUCAUAAAUUACUUGGUUCAGAUGCAUUUUUCUGUCAAGAAUCUCUAUGUAACGGCAUUAGUUUUGAUUUUAUCAUGGGUAUUUUUCAUAAUCAAUUACCAGCUGUUAUUAAAUUUCCUCCAAUGGAAACCAUCGAAAAUUCUUCAACAAUAAUUAAAAGUUCUACGACUACGGCUGUUACUCUUCCAAUUAGUACAACUGUUGAUAUUGAUGAUGAUAAUAGUGCCGUAUGGGAAGAUCCUAAUUCAGAUUUUUCCGUUUUCAAAACUACAACAACGACAAUUUCAAUUACUAGUACUUCUUCAACAUUAUUAACGGAAUUUUCAGAAGUCACAGAUAUUGCAUAUGAAUCAUCAAGUAUUCCAAUUCCAUCUAUGGAACAUUUUGAUUUUAUUGAAGCAUUUGGUGGUGGUAGUAGUACAAUAGCUGGUGGUUUAGCUGUUGCUCAACAAGAUACACAACUUAAUUGGUGGGAUUUCAAUGAUGCUUCAAUUCCACCAUUGAUUGGAUCUAACAAUUCUCCUUUAAUAACAAAAACAACAACAAUAACAAUGAGUACUUCCACAUUAAUUUCGUCAACAAGUGACUUAACAAAUGUAGAUCAAGAUGAAUGGUCAAUAUUUGAUACAACUACAAUACCACCAAUAACACGUGUUGAACAUUUAUCAGAAACGAAUUCUGAAUUAGAUUUCGAUAUGAAUGAUUAUUUUCUUAAUCCUAUGUUAUCAACAACACUAACUAUGAAUGUUCUAAAUCAUAAUAACGAUGAUAAUGAUACUUCAUCAUUUGUACCAUAUUAUUUUACUGAUUAUAAACCAAAAGAACAAUUAUUUGAUUUAAUAAAACCAAUACCAACAUUAGCUAUGCCACCAUUUUCUUGGAUGUUAAAUUUAGCAAAUCAAAAUAACGGUCGAUUACAAAAUCAAAAACAUAUAAUCAGUAAAACUUUAUCAACAACGUCAUCAACAAUUGCAACCAUGAAAAAUAACAAAAACAAGAAAAUGGAACCAAAAACCUUGAUAAAUAAUAAUAAAACUUACGAUUAUUUAUAUGAGUAUUGCAAUAAAAAACAAUGUCAAAAUGGAGGACAUUUAGAUUCUAAUUGUUUAUGUGUCUGUCUACCUGCAUUUAGUGGAAAUAAUUGUGAAAUAGUACAUUGUGACAAAGAACCAGCACAUAUUUGUGAUUACGCACUACAUUAUGAAUGUAAAAGUGAUUAUGUUCGUUAUCUAUGUCCUAGAUUUUGUCAGAUGAAUAUCUGUUCUUCAAAUAAAUCAUCGUGA